CCUGUCUGCGACGUCAGCAUAUUUGACCAACUCUGCAGCUACUUGGGAAGACUUUCAACUGAGAAGUUGGAAAAAUCGCAAAAAUGGGCUUUGUGAAAGUCGUUAAAAGUAAGGCCUACUUCAAGAGAUACCAGGUGAAAUUCAGGAGAAGGCGAGAGGGGAAGACUGACUACUUUGCCCGUAAGCGCCUGGUCAUACAAGACAAGAACAAGUACAACACUCCCAAGUACAGGAUGAUCGUGAGGUUCUCCAACAGAGAUAUCUGCUGUCAGAUCGCUUACGCCAAGAUUGAGGGUGACCAGAUUGUCAAUGCCGCCUACUCCCAUGAACUGCCAAAGUACGGCAUCACAGUGGGACUGACAAACUACGCUGCAGCCUACUGCACAGGCCUACUGCUGGCUCGCAGGCUGCUGAACAAGUUUGGCCUGGACCAGGUGUACGAGGGCCAGGUGGAGGUGACGGGAGAUGAGUUCAACGUGGAGAGUAUAGACGGCCAGCCGGGGGCCUUCACGUGUUUUCUAGACGCCGGGCUCGCCAGGACGUCGACGGGCAACAAAGUGUUCGGAGCACUAAAGGGCGCCGUUGACGGUGGCCUCUCAAUUCCUCACAGCACGAAACGUUUCCCAGGCUACGACAUGGAGAGCAAAGAGUUCAACGCAGAGAUGCAUCGCAAACACAUCAUGGGCAUGAACGUGUCGGACUACAUGAGCUACCUGAUGGGGGAGGACGAAGACGCCUACAAGAAACAGUUCUCCCGCUUCAUAAAGAACGGAGUCACUCCAGACACGGUAGAGCAGAUGUACAAGAAAGCACACGCCACCAUUAGAGAGAACCCAGUCCACGAAAAGAAACCCAAAAAAGACGUCAAGAAGAAGAGGUGGAACCGCGCCAAACUCUCGUUGGCACAGAGAAAGGACCGCGUCGCCCAGAAAAAGGCCAGCUUUCUACGAGCACAGGAAGCAGAGGCGGCGGACGGUUAGACGGACCACUGGCUUAAUAAAUGUAUUGCAAAUGACUUUGUUUCACCGUCACUUUGCUCCCUGCGGAAGCACUGUCCUGGCAGUUUGCGAGAAUGGCUUCCUGUAUACUGCAGUUUCUAUAUUUGAGGGAAAUUCUGGUGUGAUUGAAUGAGUUGAUUUAGCAGGUUCUCCCACACAUGCCGUUUUUAACAUCCUUUACUAAGCUUUUUUAAUCUAGGCAUUUUUUUCACACACUGCACAGACAGUCAGGAUAAUCUACUUUCAACUCGACUGAGACCACAGGGGUGAGUGGUAUGUGGUUUUUAUUGUGCAAAAUCAUGCUGGUUCAAACUUCAAGGUAAACAUGGAAACAUACAUCUACAUUGCAAUUCAUCCCUCAAAACCGAAGGCCACAGCUGCAUUUAACUCCUUCAGAAUCCACAUUAGACUGGGUUUCCUUUUUAAAAUAUGUACAGUGUGACUAAGUUUGAGCUUGAAAGAAUGUAGAAACAGCAAGUCAAAUGCAGUUCAUGUAUACUACCUCCUUAAGUGGUAGAUAACAAGUCUGGUGUUUUCAGCAUGAUCUCUAGCUUCUACAGAAUAUGGCAUGUUUGAGAAAUGUACAUGGUACACAAACUGGCUCUUGUCAGAGGGCUUUGAAGAGCCUUUAAUUAUUAGUCCAGUUGAUGCAGCACUGCUAUAUGCCAAUACAAAUCAUCAAGUGAGGAAGGGUGGUGAAAUGUCCAGCAAAGUGGAUGACUCCAUGGGGUGCGGCCCAGUAUCUUACCUCCUGAAGUAUACACUCGUUCCACUACUUCCCAUGAAUCUAAAAACAAUGGAUCGGUCAAGGUAUGGACUAAAUGGUAAUACUGGUCAUUUCAAAUCAUGGCAGGAAAGAUUAUUGGGACAAAGCCAUAGACUUCUAUACGGUUAGAUAUAUUGGUCACAUUGUCUUCAUGUAAUGUACAAGUACUUAAUACUAUCACUUCAAAAUGCUCCUUCAUAAACAGCAAGUAUCUCUACAGUUUCCCAGCA